AUGACCGAAUCACUUAAUGUCAUUGCGCUUAUUUCAGGGGGCAAAGACAGCUUCUUUUCUAUCUUGCAUUGCCUUCAGAAUGGACACAAAGUCGUCGCCUUGGGCAAUUUAUAUCCAGCUUCUGGGUCAGGGUCAGGCCGGGGGGAAGUUUCGGGCGAGGCAGACAGCGACGACGAGCAUGAUCUCAAUAGCUUUAUGUACCAGACUGUCGGCCACACCGUGAUCCCGCUCUAUGAACAAGCGCUCCAGAUCCCGCUGUAUCGUCAACCAAUUGUUGGUACUGCCGUGCAGACUGCUGUUAGUUACAGCCCUGUCGGUACGCUCGCGAAUAGUGCGACGGCGAACUCGGAGCCGGAGUUGGGCGAGCUGGACCACAGUGAAGAUGAGACCGAAUCAUUAGUUCCUCUUCUGAAGAGUAUCAUCGCUAAGCAUCCAACUGCAAAUGCUAUCAGCACUGGCGCUAUUCUGUCAACCUACCAGCGGACUCGAGUCGAAUCAGUCGCCUUGCGACUGGGUCUCACGCCCCUUGGAUUCUUAUGGAAGUACCCAACUCUCCCUCCGGGGUCCCAGCUGUCACUUUUGGAGGAUAUGGAAUCUGUUGGACUUGAUGCAAGACUCAUUAAAGUGGCAAGUGGUGGCCUCGAUGAGAGCUUUCUUUGGCAAAAUGUUGCAAGCGCGCCUGUCAUGAGACGGGUAGAGCGGUCUGUGAAGAGAUUUGGAACUGAUGGGGAUGGGGCUGUCAUUGGAGAAGGGGGCGAGUUUGAGACCAUGGUGAUUGAUGGUCCUAGAAAUCUGUUCAAGGGAAGGAUUGAAAUCCAAGAGCAAGAUAGGCGAAUAGUCAGAGAGGGUGGAGGUGCAGCCUGGUUACGGAUUCUGAAAGCCAAAGUUGUUAUGAAAACAGCAGGGGAAACUACAGAGGAAGGUUGCCGAAUACCAGGCCUUCUUUCUCCAAAGUUCAGCAAUGUACUCAAGGUUCUCAAAAGUGGCCUAGAGGGUGCUGGCACUCGGAUCCCAGUAGGAUCGACCAAGACAACGACGAUAUCAAAUGCACAACCUCAUAUAGUGUCUCCUACUCUCAAAGAGCAAGAAAGCUUGAUUCACUGGACGCCCACUUCGACAGAAACGUUACAAGGGCUUUCAGUAAUCGAAGAGGCCGCAAGUCUUGUAUCAGAAAUCAGACAACACCUCAAGACCUCCUCUCUCCAACCUUCAGACAUAGUCUCCACAGUCAUCAUCCUCCGGUCAAUGGCCGACUUCGCAGCUGUGAACAAGAUCUAUGGCACCCUCUUCACGACCCCCAACCCUCCAGCCCGCGUAACCAUCUCCAGCGGCUCCCUCAUCCCCCCCUCCACCCACCUAACCAUCCACCUCACCCUCCACAGACCCAGCCCCCAAGAACCAGCACGCAAAGCCCUGCACGUACAGUCACGCUCCUACUGGGCCCCCGCAAAUAUCGGUCCUUACUCCCAAGCAAUCUCCAUCCCGUCGCCCAACUCCAACUCCAACUCCACCAUCUGGACCGUAUCCGUCGCAGGCCAAAUCCCGCUCAUCCCGCACACCAUGGCCCUACCACCCAGCACCGAUACCAACACCUCGAGCUUCGCCUUACAAGCCGUCCUAUCGCUCCAGCAUCUCUGGCGCAUCGGCACAGAAAUGCAUGUAAGCUGGUGGACAAGCGCCGUUGCAUUCCUACCGCGCGCCUCAGAUUCCCAGCGCGCAGUACUAGCUAGUCGAGCGUGGGAAUUGUUGCACGAGAGAGCUGGGAGUGACGAGGACGAGGACGAGGAAGAAGAUAGGGAUCUCUGGGUCGAAAAACAUUUCGCGGGGAUGGAGAGGAGAGGAGAGGAGGAUGCGAAGAGGGAAUUACCGGAUUGGGAGAUGGUGAAAGGGGCAGUUGAGGGCGCACCUCCUUUCUGGGCGGUGGAGGUAGAGGAGUUACCGAGAGGGGCGGCGGUCGAGUGGCAUGCUCAUCUGGGGGUUGUGGGUGGGUUUAUUCAGAUAUAUCCCAUAAUCCGCGAUGAGGGUUGCACAAUUCACCAAUGCGGGUUCGGUGGUCGAUUGCGUUCUGUUCUCAUGGUCGAUUACUCGAGUAGUAGUUCAGAUGUCCGCGAAAGCUUGAGCAAGGGGCUCGGAGCCCUGGGUCUGAAUUCUGCAUCGGAUAUUGAGGAAUAUGCUUCCUGUUUAGAUGUUUCUAUCGACGGUCUCCAGAGCUCGCGGAGGUUUAGUGGUGCUAUUCCUUGUCGAAGUAUUUGGGAUAGUUCAGGGGAUAGACUUGCCUUGGUUUUGUUGUUUGAUAGCUAG